AUGGACACCGAGCUAUAUACUGUACGUCCGAAGGUCUCGUGCACGACUUGGAAGCUGUUGUGGGGAAAGCUGACAGGGAAACAGACGCCUUCGGAUGCAUACAAAAUUCAUUACCAGACGAUGGAGAUGUCACUCUUAGGACAGAAGCUCAGUAGAGAGGAACUUCGGCGGAAGAUCCAAACCUACACCAAGUUCCUGGUGGUGCGCCACCCACUGGAGCGCCUCCUGUCCGCCUUCAGGAACAAGCUAGAGGGCAACGGCAGACCCGCAAGGGUGUUCAAGCGCGUCUACGGAGCCAAGAUAAUCCGGGAAUACCGUCGAGGACCUGAGUCGUCGAGAGAGAACACGACUUCUGUCGAGGAUCUCGAGAAGGAGUCCGCCAAGACGACCGGCGAAGACGUGAGGUUCUCGGAGUUCGUGUCCUUCCUGCUGGACAAGGAGGACUUGGCCAUCGUCAACGAGCACUGGCGGCCCUACGAGUCCCUUUGCCACCCUUGCGCCCUCUCCUACGACGUCAUAGCCAAGUACGAGAGCCUGGAGGAGGACUCGGAGGGGUUCCUGCGGCUCAUCGGAGCUCCCGAGGGCCUCCACUUCCCUCAGUACGCGCCGACGAACACCUCCGCCCUCCUGCACUCCUACCUCGCCUCCGUCAAGCCAGACCGACUCGCGCAGCUGAUGAUGGCUUACCAGAGGGACUUCCAGCUGUUCCAGUACGAUGGUGUGAGCAUUCCAAAGGGCGCGAUGCUGUGAUUUACUCUUUGCUUGGAUUGGAAUGGAAGUGAUAGAAAUAGAGCUAAAUCCAUGAAA